CUCGUGCCGCGCGUUCCUGGGGUCCGAGCCCCCCCAGGCUGUGCUGGGGCGCAGCGAGCCCGGGGCUGUGGCGGGCGGGAGCGCUCCGGGGGCGGCAGUGGCCCGGUGGGGCCCUGCGGCCCGAGCUACGUGUGCGGUGCCGAGGCGCGUCCCGCAGGUGUGACCUCCAAAAGCACCUUCACUUCAGGCUAUGAUGGGAUUGUUUUGGUUGUUGCUGCUUUACAUACACACGCUGUGGCCCACGUUUGCUGGAGGUGUCACCCGAGUCUAUUACCUGGGGAUCCGUGAGGUGGACUGGAACUAUGCUCCCACAGGGAAGAACGUGCUCGCUAACCAAAGCAUUGCCCAGAACCCCAAGGCCUCAACAUUCCUCCAGCCUGGCAAAGACAGGGUGGGAAGCACGUACAAGAAAUCUGUCUACAAGCAGUACACAGACUCCACAUACACCACUGAGGUUCCCAAGCCUGGCUGGCUGGGGUUCCUUGGGCCCAUCAUCCGAGCAGAAGUGGGAGAUACCAUCCAAGUACACCUAAAAAAUUUUGCUGGUCGGCCGUAUACAAUCCAUCCUCAUGGUGUUUUCUAUGAAAAGGACUCUGAAGGAUCCCUGUAUCCUGAUGUGUCCCUCCAGGAUCAGAAGAAGGAUGAUGCUGUUUUCCCAGGAGGGAAUUACACCUAUACAUGGACUGUACCUGAAGAUCACAGCCCAACUGCUGAUGACCCAAACUGCUUGACCUGGAUCUACCACUCUCAUAUUGAUGCACCAAAGGACAUUGCAUCUGGAUUAAUUGGGCCAUUACUUACAUGCAAAAAAGGAGUACUGACUGGAAGUUCUCAAAGACGCCAGGAUGUGGACAUCGACUUCUUUCUCAUGUUCAGUGUGGUGGAUGAGAACCUAAGCUGGUACCUGGAUGAGAAUAUAGCAUUGUUCUGCACAGAUCCAGGCUCUGUAGACAAAGAAGAUGAAGAAUUCCAGGAGAGCAACAAAAUGUAUGCUAUUAAUGGUUAUAUGUUUGGCAACUUGCCUGAGAUGAUGAUGUGUACUGGGGACCAUGUGUCAUGGCACCUGUUUGGGAUGGGCAGCGAAAUGGAUGUUCAUACAGCCUACUUCCAUGGAGAAACACUCAAUAUCCGAGGCCACAGGACAGAUGUGGCCAGCCUCUUCCCAGCCACUUUUGUUACAGCAGACAUGAUCCCCAGUAACCCUGGAAGAUGGUUACUGAGCUGCCAGAUCAAUCAUCACAUACAAGCUGGGAUGGCAGCGCUCUAUGAGGUCCGGCCCUGUUCUCGGCAAGCCCCAGCAUCCACCCUGCAAGGGAGAGUUCGGAAGUACUACAUAGCUGCAAAGGAGGUGCAGUGGGACUACGGACCCUCGGGGCUCGACCAGAGCAGUGGGAAACGCCUGAGUGAGGCAGGCAGCCCUCCUGAGCAGUUUUUCACACGUAGCACCCACCGAAUUGGGGGAGUCUAUUGGAAAGCAAAGUAUGUGGAAUAUACUGAUGAGAGCUUCCGUGAGGAAAAGCAGCAAUCAGAAGAAGAGAAGCACCUGGGGAUACUCGGUCCAGUGAUCAAAGCUGAAGUUGGAGACACUAUCCUGGUGACAUUUGUUAAUAAAGCCUCCUGGCCUUUCAGCAUCCAGCCUCAUGGAGUGUCCUAUGGGAAGGCGUGGGAAGGGAUGCGAUACCACGAUGGUCUGUCCCAGAAUGGGAUUCCUGUUGCACCGCUGCACAACUUUACGUACCGCUGGAGUGUGCCAGAGCAUGUUGGGCCCACAGCCAGCGACCCUCCCUGCCUGACCUGGAUGUACAGCUCAGCUGUGAACCCUGUCAAAGACUCCAGCUCGGGCUUAGUGGGGCCUCUGGUCAUCUGCAAACCGGGCACUUUGGAUGACAACAACAAACAGAAAGGGAUCGACAAAGAAUUUUACCUUCUCUUCAGUGUGUUUGAUGAGAACCUCAGCUGGUAUUUAAAUGCAAACAUAAAGUACUAUUUGAGGAUGGAAGAGACUUCUGUGAAAAGAGACAAAGGCUUCGAGGAGUCGAACAGGAUGCAUGCCAUCAAUGGACUUAUGUUUGGUAACUUGCCUGGGCUGAAUGUGUGUGAAGGAGACAACGUGUCCUGGCACCUUCUGGGCUUGGGCAGUGAAGCAGAUGUACAUGGAGCUGUGUUUCAGGGAAACACCCUGCAGAUGAAUGGGAUGCGGAGAGAUUCAACCAAUCUGUUCCCCCACACGUUUGCUACUGCUUUCAUGCAGCCUGACAACAAGGGCACUUUUGAGAUCUACUGCCAGACGAGCAACCAUUACCAGGCUGGGAUGAGGGAAUACUACUCUGUUUCCUCAUGUGGAAACAAGGAUCCUGCUCCUGCCCCCAAGUACCAGAGGGUGCGGACGUAUUAUCUGGUGGCAGAAGAGGUGGUGUGGGACUACGCACCCGACCGGGCCUGGGAGCGGGAACGGCACAACCAUUCCACAGAGAGCUAUGCCGAUGUCUUCCUGAGCAAUGAGAAUGGACUGCUGGGCUCCAGCUACAAGAAGGCAGUUUACAGGGAGUACACUGAUGGGACCUUCCAGACUCCCAAGGCCAGGAUAAAUGGUGAUGAACACCUAGGGAUACUGGGUCCCUUUCUGUGGGCAGAAGUGGGAGACAUUGUCAACAUCGUGUUUAAGAACAACGCCACCCGACCCUACUCCAUCCAUGCGCACGGGGUGCUGGAAGGGGAGACGGGGCAGCCGCAGGUGGCAAACCCUGGUGACAUCGUGACGUACCGGUGGGAAGUUCCUGAGAGAUCUGGUCCAGGGCCAAACGAUUCAGCCUGUGUUCCUUGGAUCUACUACUCCACAGUAGACCCAGUAAAGGAUAUGUACAGUGGUCUCAUUGGGCCCCUGAAGGUCUGCCGGAGAGGGGCACUGCGGUCUGACGGGGUCAGGAAGGAUGUCAAGAGAGAGUUUGCUCUGCUGUUCCUGGUUUUUGAUGAAAAUCAGUCCUGGUACUUGGAGGAGAAUGUGAAGCAUUACAGUAAGGGGAAUGGCAAGGAGAUCAACCUGCUGGAUGACAAAUUUGUGGAAAGCAAUAAAAUGCAUGCAAUCAAUGGGAGGCUCUAUGCCAACUUGCCUGGGCUGACCAUGUUCCAGGGAGAGUGGGUGAACUGGUACCUGCUGGGAAUGGGUCAGGAGAUUGAUAUCCACACAGUGCAUUUUCAUGCUGAGACCUUCAUAUACAAGAAUGGCAAAAGCUACAGAGCAGAUGUUGUGGAUCUAUUCCCUGGGACCUUUGAAAUGGUGGAGAUGUUGGUUGGGAACCCCGGGACGUGGCUGCUUCACUGUCAUGUGUCUGAUCAUAUUCAUGCUGGCAUGGAGAUCCUCUUCACAGUCUUGCCAAAACCAGAGACAGCGCUUGAAGUCAUAAACUACAGUGCAGAGUCACCGCCUGAGGAUGAGUCCCAGAAGAUCAUGCUUUUUGGGUCCAAGUUGGCUCAAGGGCAGAUAGAGGCCACAGUCAUUGCCCUAGCCAUUGCAGGAAUAGUGUUACUGCUGGCUGCCUGCAUCCUCCUUGCAGUGGUCAUCCGUCUGGAGAGGCAGAAGAGGUUAAGGCGCAAUCGAAGGUCCAUCCUGGAUGAUGGAUUCAAGCUCAUGUCUAAAAAGAAUGCUGCUCUAUAAAGCCAUGUACAAACUGUGGGCUGUGUGCUUGGAGCAGAGGUUGUCCACAGAGAAGAUUUUUGGGGCAUCACUUCAAUCAUACACUGUACUUCUAGAAGCUGAGGAGGGAAGGCUGGAGUCCUGACCUCUUCAUAUAUCCUCCUCAGCACUCUGUAAAGAAAAAGUCUGUCCAGGAGAGAGCCGAGGACCCUUUGAACUGACUGAAGACAAGUAACAAGAGUAAAAAGGUCUUUCUAAAGUACUCCUUUUGCCCAAGAAAGAGAAGAGAAAUUUCCCCUAUUUUCUUCUCUCCAGGACAACUCCACUUGGUCUUUCUCAGCAGCCUAGCUUAGGCCAGAUUCCAGCCUUGCUCCAUGGCCAGAGCUGAGUUGGGAAUUGCCUCACAAGUAACUGUGUGCCUUUUAAAUCAUUAACCUGAAGGGGGGAGAGAAUAUUUCCAUUGUCUGUGAAUCGGUUAAGAAUGUGGAAGAGAAAAUGUUAAUUUGUGUUUGGAUUGCUGUUUGUUGAUGAGUAAUUGGACAGAUGCAAGUUCAGGGCAGUACAUGUCACAGUGUGAGACUGCCAUCAAGCACCCUGACAACAGCUGUGCCUCACCAUCAGCCUUGCUGUGACACAGCCUCCUGCUCUCAGUACCCCAAGGCCACGUGCUUUGACAUUGGACAUCCUGAGCCUUGUGCUUGGAGAAGCAGCUUCCCCAAGGACUGUAGUGUCCUGGGGACUUUUCUCCAUCCCAGUUCUGUCAGCCUGUGCCUCAGGCCCUGUGCAGCUCCUUGUGCAACAGAGGCAGGGAUGCUGUGAUGUUCUGUGAUGUCAGUUGCUCUCUUUCUUUCAAAUACAUUUUAGUGAAGCUCUCUCCAGAGCUGAACUGUUGCUGUGUUACUGCUGUGAGCCAGGCCAAAGCUUCAGUCCUGUGAGCUGGAGUUUAUGCUUGGGACAGAAAACAUCAGGGAGUGCUUCCCCUCUCAUGGUACAAGGGCAGUUUUGUCCAGGCUAAUGUGGCAAUGGUGAAGAAGGAGAAAGCUGAAGUCCUCGUGGAAUUUAGCAGCGUGGAGCAAAUAAGUUGCUGUCUGUGGAAUGUGGGGCAGUGUGACCUGAGCUCAGGGAUGGGUGUAUCUGGGGCCACUGCCUUUGAGAUAGCACAGAAUCCCAACUGUUAGAAGGGCCUGUCCCAGUAAAUAAAUGCUUGUGCAGCACUGCUGUCUGCUCAACCUGCUGUGGCUAAUAGCUGGGCUCCUGGGGAGAGGAGCAGAGUGCUGGGGGGCUGCUUGGGGCCAGGAUGGGGCAAAGGAGCAGCUGCCUCCCUCCUGGCCUUGGGAGUGUCCUGGGUUGAGGUCAGCACAUUUGGCUGUCUGUGCUCCCCUCCACAGCUCCCUGCCAGCAGCCAAAGAGGGGGGAGAGCUCCUGCCUAACCCCUGAGCACUGUAGCCCACCCCCCAGGCUGUGGUAGCCAUCUGUCCCUUGCAGCCCUGCUCACACACAACACUCAUGUUGCCCUGUGUGGCAAGGACCAAGCAGGACCCUAUAAAAUAUCUAUCUUCCUGGCUCACCCACUGAAUCCCCAUUAUCUAAGUGGAUGCAGGUUAGUGCUUACAUAUUUCUGUCCCUAGUUUUAAAUUGGAAAGGGUGUAAAAGUAAUCCUUUCUGGGUGGCUUUGAGGCAAUUAAGGCAGAGCUAAAUGCUUGUAAUGACAAGGGACUGCUGUAGGCUAUUUAAGCAUAAUAGCACCAUUUUAUCCAGAACAAUAGUUAUAACAUACUUAAUCAUGCUCAAUUCAUAUUGGGUCCCUACAUCUUUCCAACUGCCCUUUCCUUUGGCAGUGGGGACAAAGCUCAUUAAUUUCCCUUGAUUACACUUCAUUAAGCCUUGUGAGGAGCUGGAGGGCUGUUGAGUACUCUGAACAUGGGUGCUCUUUGCUCAUUGUCAGCCCUGGGUCAGCUGUUGUUGCAGACUAGAGGUUUCCAGGCCCAUCAGUCUGGGGUGAAUUUUGGCAGCUCUGUCAUCAGAAGUAACAACCAUGCAGGAAAUCUUUUCUCUCUCCUUGCCUUUGGCUUGUGAGAAUAAUAGAUCAAAAGUUAUUCUUGGCCCACACUGAGGCAAAGGAGUUAUUGUAAAUAUAUUUACUUUCUUCAAGAAAGCAGAGGGAAGUCUCCCCCCUUCCAGUUCCUCAGCCUCUAGCAGGGCACUGCUUGGCACAGGAGGGGACUUGGGGUUCAGUGCUGGCUGGAGCUAGGUCUCUUUGUUUGAGUGCAUUCCUUAAACAGCAGGCUGACAAAUUUCCUCCACUGUAAUGCUUUUUGUGCCCAGGAGCCCAUGACUGGGAGAGGCUCUUCUCCAGUAUUGGCAGCUGGGAGCUUGGGCUCCAGCCCAAGGUGAUGCCUGUGGGGAGAGGCUGUGUCCUCUGCUAGGCAAUGCCACCCCAGCCUGAGGAAACCAAGGAAAAGCUUUGGACAAAGCAGAUCAUCUUGCUAAAACUUUCUGUUGCAAGAACAGUUUCUCAGCAGCUUCACAACUGCCUCUAAGCAGAAGCUGCCUGUCCCAGCCAGGGGCCGUGCAAGGGGUAGGAGGAGGCAGUGGGAUGUUUCAGUUCUGGUGCCUGAGCUGGAGCUUGUGGAGAAAUGUGCAUUGUCUGGGCAUCUGACAGUUGUGCUUAUCGCUGGGGCAUGUGUGGCUACCUGGAAGCCCCUUCUGGAGAAGACUGACGUGGGCUGGGUCAAGGGCUCUGCACAGGGAGGCAGUGGGAAAGCAGCAGCUGCCACGCUGAGCUGCAGCAGCACGUCCUGCCAGUGCUCCCGCUGCUUCUGCCAGUGCAGAACAAACCAGCUGGGGUAAAACUCUGCUCCAUAGUGGUCCAAGAGAAUUGACUUACAAUAGCGUGCACUGAAAAGGAUUAACAGUGCUGGGGGGAUGGGUUAGUGUGGCUCAGCUCACAGGGACAGGAGCACAGAAACGCUUGUACAUGCUUUUAGACAGUUUGCUAUUGGAAACUUAAAAAGCCUCCCCUCAAACCCCACCCUACUUUAACACACAGUGCCAAUACAGGCUUAUCUUUGUGCAAGAACUGGUUUUGUAGGGGAUAAACAUAAGAAGCACCUAAUAUUUCCUGCUGUAUUCACUUCAGGUAGUGCCUUUUGUCUGCAGUUCUAACAUUACCUUUCCUGGGCCCCAACUGGCUGUGAUAAACUUUUCGGGAGUGUACCUGGAUGACCACUCACCCAUUUAAAUUACCCACACUCUUCCAGGCUGUCUUGGGUGACUGCAGAGCUGAGUUACUCGUUUACAUAGCAGCAGCUUGGUUGGCAGCCCUGUUUGCAGCAGGGCUGAGAUGAAAAUCCCUUUAUUGGCACUGUGCUCUUGCUCAGCAACGGGCAGUGUCACCACUGUCUGGCUUCAGCGGGCACACAGUUGUUUCAGGGCUGGGCUGACGAGUCAUCUGACAUCCCUUUGUACUCCCACUGUGGAUGUGAGAGAUGUGCAAGUCAAAGCAGGUGCCUUUGGGGUGUACAUAAGGAAGUAUGAAGUGAUUCUCUUUUUUUUCCCUGAAAACACAGAAGUUAAUGUCAAAUGAACCCAAGGCACGCUGUGAAAAAGGGCUAACUGGGAAUUGUCAGCAAAGGGAUGUCUUCCAGGUGCAAAGCACUCUUUGGUUCUGAAUCAAAUGUGUGCCUUCACAUGUGCCUUUCUUUGCAGCAUGUAAUUGCCAUAUGGACUGUUUGCAGUGGUUAUCAGUUUGUUGGCACAGCAAAUUACAGCACUGAUGGUAGGUUUGGAGCUCUGUGCAUGUUUACUGCCUGGGGAGAGGAGCUCAAGCACAACAGCUGCCAAAAUAGGGUGAUCUGCAGGAUCACAAUGAGAGGAUGGAUCUGAGCAGAACUCAAAGCUGGCCUCCAGCUUAUUCCUGUGUAGAAUAUAUGGAAUAUAUAUGGAAUAUAGGAAUGUGGUGAUAUGCACACAGCAAGAACUGAACUUGCCAAAACAUCAGUCUGGGAAACAAUUGGUGUCUCUAGUCACAGACUAUUCUCGAGCUGUGGGAACAGCAGGACUGGGCAUGUGGUUGAUGAAACAGCUAUUACUGGAAAUUGCCAUUUAUAGUGUUAAAAUUCAAAGCUAGUCUGUCUUGGGAAUCAAUUUUGUUUGUUAAUUUGCUCCUGUUUUGGGGAAAGUAAAUCUAUUACUCAGCUUUAUAAACCUCAUAUCCUUUGAUAUUCUUCAGAGGCAAGUUUCACUUUGCUUUCUUUCUUAAGCUGGAGGAAGGGCAAGAGAGGUGAAACGGUCACCUGUCCUCAAUGAACCCUUGAAGAAGAGUGAGGGAGUCAUUCAGUUUAUUGGGAGAAGGUAUGGGCAGAAAUCCCGCUGCAUAAGGGACAGCUCAGCAGGUAGGAUGCUACUGGCAAUGUGUCCAAGGGGUGCAGGGGAGAAAAAUGCUCUCUACUGUUCAGUGUCAUCAAGAGUAACAAAGAAAUUCUGUCUCAUCUUGUACAGAGAAAUGUUGACGUGCAGCAG